AUGUUGAUCUGUUGGGCCUCUCAGAAGCAGAAGACAGUGGCUUUCUCUUCGUGCGAGGCGGAGUAUAUUGCUGCCACUAUUGCCGCAUGUCAGGAUGUGUGGCUAAAUUGUCUCAUCAGUGAAUUAAGAGGAGAAGAAUAGAGGACGAUAAAAUUGCUUGUGGAUAACAAAUCCACCAUCAUCCUAAGCAAGAAUCAAGUGCAUCGUAAUUCUACAAAGCACAUUGAUACAAGGUAUUACUUUAUUCGUCAGUGUGUGGAGGAGAAGAAGAUCUCGAUAGAUUAUGCGAAGACGGAGGACCAGCUGGCCGAUAUCCUCACAAAGUCACUUGGAAGGCAGAAAUUCGUGGAGAUACGAUGGCAGAUGAGCGUUCGGAACAUUCGCACGGAGGAGCAGGAGCAAGGAAGAGAUUGAAGGCUUAGCUCUAGUUCCGCUGUGGCUCGCCGUGGUUCACCGUCUCUGGCGAACUCACCCGUGAAGCCAAUUUGGGCGUAUUUCUAUUUUUGAGUUCGUUAGGUUUUUUUCAGGUUUCAUCACAGCCGCACAUCGUUUGGAGUUAUAACGGCGGAUAACCAGCCACGUGAGACGCGGUGCCAGCUCAUCUAGCGACAGUUAUUCUCACUCUCUCUCCCUCCCUUCUACUUCCCCCCACUUUAUAAAUAGCGGGCUGUGUUUGAUAAAAAACACUCUUUCCGGUAGAUUUUACUGUCAAUACGAUUCUGUUCAUACUUGAUCUCGUUUCUCCUUAUUUUUUUGGAAAUUCUUGAAGGGGUUUCUGGCUUUCUGAAGCCAACAGAGGACAGGGUGAGGGCAGCGAGGGGGAAGGUGAGGAGCAAGCUGGCGGCGACGGGCGGUGGUAAGGUGGUGGAAACAGGGAUUCUAGCGGAGGAGAAGAAGGGGAAGACGGGAGAAUGGGUAAGGGGUUCCGGCGGAGGAGAAGGGGAAGAAGGGAGAAGAAGACGGGAGAAGGGUGAAAUUAGAUGAAAGGUAAGUUCCAAAUUAUUCCAUGCAUAAUGUUUAGAUGGUAUUCCAUGGGAAGAUGGGCCCUCUUCCAUUGGGCUUUCCUCCAUUGGAACUUCUUCCUUUGGCUCCUCUUCCUCUUCUUCUUCAUGGGCCCACAACAUGGGAUGGACCCCCUUGUUUAUCCCUAUGGAUCCAUGAGAUGUCAACCCAAGGUUCCACUUGAGAUCUAGCAAUGAAGGUAGCCUACGGUUGACGUGCCCCAUACGAAGUUGAAGAUUAG